GAUUAUCAGCAUUUCCAGGGACUGAACUAAUUGAAGACAGAUUUCUAAACAGAAACCUAGAGCUGACCAGAAACUCAGCGAGCCAGAGCUUUCCCGCUGCCAGCUCCUGUCAGAGAGCAGAAGAAAAUGCCGCAGGCUCAGGUUUGGACAUUUCUUACACGGACACCUGAAGCAAUUGCAUCGUGUGAAGCAAGGAAAACUUCCCGGGAGGAUUAUCAGCAUUUCCAGGGACUGAACUAACUGAAGACAGAUUUCUAAACAGAAACCUAGAGCUGACCAGAAACUCAGUGAGCCAGAGCUUUCCCGCUGCCAGCUCCUGUCAGAGAGCAGAAGAAAAUGCCACAGGCUCAGGAAUGCCUGACAUUUCACGAUGUGGCCGUGGACUUCACCUGGGAGGAGUGGCAGCUGCUGGACCCCGUUCAGAAGGACCUGUUCAGGGACGUGAUGUUGGAGAACUACAGCAACCUGAAGUCUGUGGGUUAUGAAGCCAGCAAACCAGAUGCGCUCUCCAAGUUGGAACGAGGGGAAGAACCAUGGACAGUACAGGAUGAACUUCACGGUCUAGUCUGUGCAGAUUGCAGGCAAGAUGAUAAUUCUCCACGGUGUCACCUGCAAAUUGGAAACAUUCAGAAGAGUGUGGAACGAUGCUAUGAACAUAACACUUUUACAAAUAUUGUUAAUCAUAUUGAAGAUAAUUUCCAACUACAGCAAAAUCCUAAUCUUGAGAUACGUGAAAAACCUUUAAAAUCAAAAUUAAAUUUGGAGAACCAAACCAGAAUAUGUAACUUAACUAACUUUAUUGAAUUGAAUGGACAUAGGACAUCCAUUCUGCGUGGCAACCGAGAACAGUGUUACCCUGAAAUUAUAUUACCUGUCAGUAUGAAAAACAUCAAUAACAAGUCCCUGAUCAUUCAGCAGCAGAGGACUUACAAUGGGGAGAAAGCCCACGUGUGUACUGAAUGCGGGGAGGCCUUCAUCAAGAUGUCUCUUCUGACUCGACAUGAUAGAGUUCAUAGUGAGGAGACUCGUUAUGGAUGCAAUCUGUGUGGGAAAGGCUUCUCCGCAAAAUACUGGCUCUCUGAACAUCUUAGAAUUCAAGCAGGACUCAAACAAUGUGAGGGCCCUGAAUAUGACAAGACCUUCCUGAAGGAAUUAGACUUGAAUAUACAUCAGAAAACUCCCAUGGGUAAGACACCUAAUAAUGGUACUGAGUGUGAGGAAAUGUUCAUCAAAAACUCUCAGCUCAUUUGUCAUCAGGAAACUCACACAGGAGCCAAACUCCAUAUCUGUAGUGAAUGUGGAAAAGGCUUCACCAGGAAGAGCAAGCUGGUUGUACAUCAACGGACUCAUACACGAGAGAAAUGUUAUACAUGUAGUGAGUGUGGGAAAGAUUUCAAAGCAAAGUGUCAUCUGAUCACACAUCAGCGAAAACACACAGGUGAGAAGCCCUAUGUAUGUAGUGCAUGUGGAAAAGGCUUCACGAUGAAAGUUGAUCUCAUUUCACAUCAGCAAACUCAUUCUCCAGAGAAACCAUAUAUGUGUAAUGAACGUGGGAAACACUUCACUGUAAAGAGAUCACUCAUUGAACAUCAGCAAUCUCACAUAAAAGAUAAACCUUAUAUCUGUAGUGAAUGCGGGAAAGGCUUCACCAGGAAGAGCUCUCUGGUAGUACAUCAGCGAUCUCACACAGGAGAGAAACCGUUUGUAUGCAGUGAGUGUGGAAAAGCCUUCCCACGGAAGAGCAAGCUGGUUUUACAUCAGCGGACUCAUACGGGAGAGAAACCUUAUAUCUGUAGGGAAUGCGGGAAAGGCUUCACCACGAAGUGCUAUCAGAUUGAACAUCAGCGGUCUCAUACAGGAGAGAAACCCCACCUCUGUGGUGAAUGCGGGAAAGGUUUCACCAAGAAGAACUUUUUGAUUGUACAUCAGCGAUCUCACACAGGAGAGAAACCAUUUGUAUGCAGUGAAUGUGGAAAAGGCUUCCCAGGGAAGAGGAAGCUGGUUUUACAUCAAUGGACUCAUACAGGACAGAAGCCUUAUAACUGUAGUGAAUGUGGGAAAGGUUUUACCACAAAGAGCUAUCUGAUUGUACAUCAGCGAUCUCACACAGGAGAGAAACCCUACGUCUGUAGUGAAUGCGGGAAAGGUUUUACCACAAAGAACUUUUUUAUUGUACAUCAGCGAUCUCACUCAGGAGAGAAACCAUUUGUUUGCAGUGAAUGUGGAAAAGCCUUCACAGUGAAGGGGAACCUGGUUGUACAUCAACGGACUCAUACAGGGGAGAAACCCUAUGUGUGCAGUGAAUGUGGAAAAGCUUUCCCAGUAAAGAGCAAGAUGAUUUUCCAUCAACGGACUCAUACAGGAGAGAAACCUUAUAGGUGUAGUGAAUGUGGGAAAGGUUUCAAAGCAAAGAAUGGUCUGAUUCUACAUCAGCGAAGACAUGCAGGUGAGAAGCCCUAUGUAUGUACUUUAUGUGCGAAAGGCUUCAUAAUGAAACUUGAUCUCAUUUCACAUCAGCUAACUCAUUUUUCAGAGAAACCAUAUAUGUGCAAUGAAUGUGGGAAACACUUCAGCAUUAAGAUAUCGCUGAUUGUACAUCAGCGAUCUCACACAGGCGAGAAACCUUAUAUCUGUAGUAAAUGUGGGAAACACUUCACUACGAAGAGAUCACUGAUUGAACAUCAGGGAAUUCAUACAGGAGUGAAACUUUAUAUCUGUAAUCAAUGUGGAAAAGGUUUCAUUGGGAAGAAAUCUCUGAUUGUACAUCAGCGAUCUCAUACAGGAGAGAAACCUUAUGUAUGCAGUGAAUGUGGGAAAGGAUUCCCAGUAAAGUUGCGUCUGGUUUUACAUCAACGGAUUCAUACAGGAGAGAGACCUUAUAUCUGUAGUGAAUGCGGGAAAAGUUUUAUCAGGAAGGGCAAUCUGAUUGUGCAUCAGCGAUCUCACACAGGAGAGAAAUCUUAUAUCUGUAGUGAAUGUGACAAAAACUUCACCAGGAAGACAUCACUGAUUGAACAUCAGCGAAUUCACACAGGAGAGAAACCCUUUGUAUGUAGUGAAUGUGGAGAAGCCUUCCCAGUGAAGAGGAAGCUUGUUUUACAUCAACAGUCUCAUACAGGAAAGAAACAGUUUACAUGUAGUGAAUGUGGGAAAGAUUUCAAAGCAAAGUAUCAUCUCAUUAAACAUCAGCAAAAACACACUGUUGAGAAACCCUAUGUGUGUAGUGUAUGUGGAAAGGGCUUCACCAUGAAGACUGAUCUCGCUGUACAUCAGCAAAGUCAUACUUAAGAGAAACAAUAUAUGUGCAUUGAAUGUGUGAAAGAUCUUACCAUGAAUUGUCAUUUCAGUGUACAUCCAGUGAACUCAUACAGGAAGUAAAUUUCUAUAUGCAAGAAAAGUAGCUGAGGCUUAAUUGGGAAAAGCUUGCUUAUUGCAUCUCUGUGUAAGUAUAUGAAGAAAAAUAUAUUUGUAAUGCAUGUAGAAUGGGCUUCACCAUGAAGAGUAUUCUAGGUAUGCAUCAGAGAGCUCGUAGUGAAGAAAAUUUGAACACUCUGACUAUGGUGAUGGCUUUAGGAACAAAGCAUUGCCCCAUAACAUGAGAUUUUAAUUCAGGAAAGACUUCCUUUGCAUAUACUGAAUGUGGAUAGUUCUCAUCACCGAAAAAUGAUCUCAUUUUCCAGCAGAGAACGUACAGAGGACAGAAACCCUGUGAAUGGGAUGAAUGUGGGAAAGCCUUCACUACAAAGUCAGGACUCAAUCUUUAUCAGAGAAAACCUACAGGAAUGGUGCCUUGUGUGCGUAACAAUUGUGGGAAAGUUUUGGACCACUUGGCCAUCUUUCUGAAACAUAAAGUGUAUUCACAAGUCAUCAUUUUGGGGUAAGCCCAUUGCACAUAGUAGACCCUCAAGGUAAUAGUGUGGAAUGAAGAAUAACUUCACGCAAAGAAUGUAGUACUCAGUUUACUGAUUAAAAUUAGUUUUAUAUCAAUGAAAAUAUUUAUAGACCAACUCAUAUACAGUCAACCUUCGUGAAGAUAUUUGAGGAUAUUGUAUGUUUGAAAAUUGUUGCUUGAGGUAAUCCCCAUCAAUGUGGUAGUUUGGGAACCCUUUAGUGGAUGUAGACCCUCUCAUGUAAUCAUGAAUGAGCAAAAAUGAAUGAUUAGUUCUAAUUGGAAGAAAGCAUCUCCUUAAUAGUAGAUGUCACUUCCCACUAUAAAUACUUUUCUCUGGUAGUAAAUAUGGCAUGGUUUUCAGGCAUUUUUGCUGCCUCAUUAUUUGUCUGUAAAUCCAUGACUAAUUACUUAUGAACACAUUUAAUUGUGUGGUCUUUUUAUU